AACAUGCUCACAACAGCCACCCGGAAGCAUGUAUAAUAAUAAUUCCCAAUCCCAAAGAUGGCGGAGCAAUGUCCAAUGGCGAUAGCUAUGCGACUACGAAACCAACUACAGUCUGUUUACAAUCUCGAUCCUUUGCGAAAUGAGGAGGAAGUAAAGUUGAAAAUCAAAGACCUCAACGAGCACAUUGUCUGCUACCUGUGUGCUGGCUACUAUAUAGAUGCAACAACAAUAACAGAGUGCUUACAUACCUUUUGUAAAAGCUGUAUCGUGAAAUAUCUUCAAACCAGCAAGUAUUGUCCGAUGUGCAAUGUCAAAAUUCACGAAACACAACCCCUACUGAACCUGAAGUUGGACAGGGUGAUGCAAGAUAUUGUCUACAAACUAGUUCCUGGACUGCAAGAAAAUGAAGACCGAAGAAUAAAGGAGUUUUAUCAGUCCCGUGGCCUUGAAAGGGUCAUUCAGCCGUGUGGAGAUGAUAUAUCUCCUGACCAUGGCAGAUUACCUUACACCAGCUUCGACCACUCCAAGGCUCACUUCUACAGAUAUGAUGAACAGGUGUCGCUGUGUCUGGAGAGGCAAAGCUCAUCGUAUCCAACAAAGGAUAAAAACAAAAUCACAUUACAGCAGAAGUUUGUGCGUUGCUCUGUGAGGGCAGAAGUGAGGCACCUGCGAAAAGUGCUGUGUCGACGUCUAAAUGUGGAGAAGCACCAGGUCCAGAUGCUGCUCAACAAUGAAUCCCUUCCUGAUCACAUGACCAUGAAGAAGCUGUGGCUGUCCCACUGGUUCGGAAAGGCUCAACCAUUGGUUCUUCACUACAGCAUCAAGGAUAGACGCACAAGAUAGGACUUUUGUAAAGGUUUAUACAAUUGUAAACCUGUUUUGUAUUUGGUAUAGUCUAUUUUGAUAUUUUUUGUGUGCCCACAUUUUUUUAUUUUGUUUUGUACUUUAGAAAAAUAAAUUCUUGUGUUUAAAUUUUAAAA